AUGAGUAAGAGGCCAGGAGAAGAAAUUUAAGGGAAUGAUCCUUAAAAAAAAAUAAAAACUGCAGAUCUUCCUACAGCUCCAAGUACAGCAAAUAAAAUAUCUUAUGGCAGUCUUAAACCUCCAACAUCUAGCAGUUCUUCUAUAUCUUAUGCUGCUUUUAAAAAAUAAUAAUUAUCUACUAUGAAAUAGCCUGCUAAACCAAUUAGCCAAUAAUAGGUUCCUUAAUCUACAGGAUCUAGUUUGACAUCUGCUGCAGCAGCUGUAUAAAAUAAUUAAAAUGCUUCAAAAUAAUUAACAUAAUAGGGUAGUUCAUAAGCUUAAGAUAGUAAAAUAAUUGAUGCCGCAUCUUCAAAUUAAAAAAAUCAAGAUUCUAAUGCAUCAAAUAAAAAUGAAAAUAAAAACACUUCUGAACAAUCUUAAAAUAAAUUUAGUGAAGCUUAACCUAACCCAUAAUAAGUAGCACCUAAAACAAUUGAUUUAAAAAGCUAGUAAUAAUAAAUCAUAGAAAGAGCUAAGAAGUUAAGAGAAGAAGAAAAAAGACUUGCUGAAUUAAAAAAGAAUACAGCUGUCAUUUAAAAAGUCUAAAAUGCUUAAUAAGGAAUAAAACCUGGCUAACCAAGUUCUAUAAGUCAAACAAAAAUUCAAAAAGAAUUAAAGAAGAAAGAGGAAAAGAAACCUCUUACAAAAUAAGAAUUAGAAAUGAAAUAACUUUAGGAAUUUGCUAAGAAAAAGGAAAAAGAAUAAAAAUUAAUUGAAAAAUUGCUGAAAGAAGGCAAAAUAAAGCCAGAAGAUUUAGAUAAAUCAAGCAAGAAGGAAGAGAUAAAAAUUGACAGCAAAGAAAAAGAAGUACGUUUAGAUGAAAAAGGUAAUUUAAUCGAUAUUAAGGGUAACAUAAUUGUAAUUGACUCAAAUAAAAGCACCUUAAAAAUCAAUUAACAAAAGAAGCAACUAGAUAAAUUAACUAAAAUGGCUAGAAAUGCUCGUUUUUAAAACUCACAAGUAUUUUAAGAUUCUAGCAUAUUUACUACAACAAGUUUAAAGAGAGAAAGGAAGAAAAUGCAUGCACUUAACUUUAUAGAAGAUACAAAUUAAAUUGAAGACGAAAAAGAAGAAUAUGAAGAUAAAAUGGAUAUUGAGAGUAAGAGUGAAGAAGAUUAAUCUGGUUCUAGUUCAAGUGAAAGUGAGACUGAACAAAAAAUGGAAUAAGAAAACCAAUAAAAUGAAGAAAAUAUAGAAAAAAAUGAAGAUUUCAGAUAAUUGAUUCAAAAAACUGAAACUGAUUACAGAAGAGAAGAUUUUUAGAAAACAAAUAGCAAAUAUUUACAAAGUUUACACAAAAAAAAGUAGAGUUUGAAGCAAAAGCAUCACGAUCCUAUUCCAGAUAUUGAAUGGUGGGAUUUGGCAUUAUUCGAUAAUACUAGAAGAUACUACUUACCAUUAGACCAAGCUAACUAAACAAUUGCUAAUUAAGCAAUUCAAGCAGGAAACGAAUCUAAUGCUACAACUAAUAACAAUCCUGAAAAUUAAACAGCCAACGAAAAUAAUUUGUCAAUUAACAUUUUGGAUAAUUUAGAGAUUAUUAAGCAAUUAUUGUCUAAAUUAUAAGUUGAAAAUUUCGAAUACUCUAAGGAUUAUUAUCGUUAAGAAAAAAUUACUAACUUGAUAGAGCAUCCUAAGCCUUUUAAAAAUGAUGGAUUGCCUAAUUCUAAUCAACUCGUAGUCAUUCCUAACUACUUAACUAAGAAAGAGUAAAAAAAGCUGAGCAGACGUCAUCGUUUAGAAAAAGAAAAAGAAAAGCAAGAUAAAAUAAAAUUAGGAUUAAUCAAGCCUCCUCCUCCUAAAGUUAGACUAAAAAAUAUGAUGCGUGUUUUAGGUAAUGAAGCAGUUGCUGAUCCUACAAAAAUGGAAGCUUUGGUUAGAUAAGGCAUAGCUGAGCGUUUGUAGGAGCAUCUUCGUAGAAAUUAAGAACGUUAAUUGACUAAAGAGCAAAAAGCUGAGAAAUUCUUACGUAAGCUUAAAAGAGAUAGUGCUAUUGAAUGUAGAGUAGCCCUAUUCAGAAUUGAAAAUCUAUAAGACAGAGUUCAUAAGUUUAAGGUUGACAUCAAUGCAUAAUAAAUGUAAUUGCAUGGUGCUCUUAUUAACCCAGUAGAAAAUCCUGAAAGUAGAUCUACUAUAAAUAUGCCUGCAAUAGUCCUCGUUGAAGGUGGUCCCAAGGCAAUUAAGUUUUAUAAAAAGCUUAUGCUUCGUCGUAUUAAAUGGAACAAAAACAGCUACUUACCUAAAGAUGAAAAUGGUGAAAUUAUUACUCCAGUUGACUUGACAGAUAAUAAAUGUGCUUUAGUUUGGGAAGGAGUAGUUAAAGAUCACAAUUUCAAUAAAUGGAAAGUUCAUGAUGUGGACAGUGAAGUAGAAGCUAGAAGAGUUUUUACAGAAAAAAAUGUAGAGUUUUACUUUGACAUGGCAAUUAACUAUUAAUAUCCUAAUUGA